AUGUUCGUUAACUGGGCGCACUAUUUGGUGCCGAAAAUCUCAUUUUUCCUAUCGCUCGUCUUUAAUCCGGUUUUUGUAUACCUUAUUCACAGUAGUAAGCAUGUGCUAUUCGGCAACUACAGAUAUCUCUCGUACUUUUUCGCGAUUUUCAAUUUGUGCGCGUCGGCAGCGGAUCUACUUAUUCCAGUGGCGGUUUUCUAUUAUCGCUAUACAUUUGUCACACUAGUGGUCGAUGCGAUGAGAUCAGAGCAGGGAGAAGCGUCCAUCGCAUUCAGAUGUUCAUUUAUAUCGGGCACCUAUGGGAUUUUGAACAUUCAUUUUAUUUUCCGAUAUCUUUCUCUUAAAAGCAACAAUAUUAUCAAGAACUAUUUCAUGCCAUAUGGUCUUUUAUUGUCAGUUAUCUAUGUCCUAUUUCACAUGUCAAUCUGGGCAAUGAUAGACUAUUUCUGCUUGCACUCGGCUCCGGAGAUGAGGGAUUAUAUUCGGAUCCCGUUCAGAAAACUGCAUAAUGAGAGCAUAGACAACAUUAAUUUUGUCGCUGGAUUGUUUUCGGAAGCAUCCCCAGACAUUGUGCAACGAUCGUGGGCUGGGAUCGUGUUGUUGACUAUGAUAGCGAGCUACUCGAUGAUACUUUAUUUUGUCUUGGGAUACAAGAUCAUAACUGGCCUGCACAUAGAAUCAGUGACGAUGAGCCAACAAACUGCUCAAAUGCAAAAACAACUUUUCAAAGCGCUGACCAUCCAGACAAUCAUUCCCAUUUGCGUGAGCUUCAUGCCUUGCUCUUUCAGUUUCUAUGGAGCCGCUUUUAACAUCGGAUUUAUGAACUGGGUGUACUGGGUCUCUGCUGUCGCCGUAUCAAUGUUCCCAUUUUUGGACCCGCUCGCAAUAAUUCUACUGCUCCCGGCUUUACGUCGACGCUCUCCGAGAGCGUCGACGUCUCCGAGACUCCGUUUGGAAAAGUACAAUGAUCUAGGAUGUGACGUCAUGAUUAAGUACCUUCAAAUUAAAUUUUGA